AUGGCCCGAGUCAUAAAUACAGGACCCGGAGACACCGGUGCCAAGGUUGCUGGAACGGCCCAAAAGAGGCAGACUAGAUCUACCACCGCUGGAACGGCACAGGCAAGCGCUGGGCCAUCGACUGCGAAGGUGCCCACCACUGGAAAGCAGGCUGCUCAACCUACUAGCUCAGUGGCCGGGCCAUCGACUGGAAAAGUGCCUGCCGCUGCAAAGCAGGCUGCUCCACCUACUAGUUCAGUGGCCGGGCCAUUGACUGGAAAAGUGCCUGCCGCUGCAAAGCAGGCUGCUCAACCUCCUAGUUCAGUGGCCGGACCAUCGACCGCAAAGGUAGCUGCACCGACAGCUGCGAAGAAGAAUGGAAAGCCCAAGCGUGGCAGACCUAGAACAGCAUGCUCACCAUGUCGCCGCGCCAAAAGGUCAUGUCCGCAUAUGAGAGAGGAGGAGGAAGAAGAAGAGGAAGAGGAGGAUGAUGAUGAUGGCCAGAAGCAGCUUUCUGAAAAGGCGAAGGGCAAACAAAAGAUGAAGCGUGCCGAUGAUAAUGAUGGCGACGACGACAAUGAUCAGAAGCAGCUUUCUGAAAAGGCGAAGGGCAAACAGAAGAGAAAGCGUGCCGAUGACGAUAAUGAUGACGAUGACGAUGAUGAUGAUCCAGGCCCAAAACCAGCUAAAAAACGGGGUCGGCCUGCUAAGAAUCAAGCAGCUGUUGCUGGACCUUCAACCGUCCCUCAAAUUGUUGCCGGUCCUUCAGGGAGUGCUCCUGCGCCUGCAGCACCUGCAAACUUAUCCAACCCACUGACGGCUGCCGGGCACAUCGUAACACACCAAUACAUGAGUCAGCAAUUAGGCCAGCGACUCGACGAGGCUGAGAAGAGAUGGAAAAAAGCCAUGGAGGCCAUGAUGAAGGCCAAGCAGGCUUUGGAUGCCUGGAAAGACUUCUACUUGAAGCAAAAGGGAUCGCCCAGUUAG